CGCCAUGGCCUCCAAGACAGCGAAUCGUACUCCUCCGAAGUCUCGUCGGGAGCCCGAGGGGCGCGUCCCAGGACCAGACAAGUAUUCGGUGCUGUUGCCCACCUACAACAAGCACGAGAACCUGCCGCUCAUCGUGUGGCUGCUAGUGAAGAGCUUCUCAGAGAGUGGAAUCAACUAUGAAAUUAUAAUCAUAGAUGAUGGGAGCCCAGAUGGAACAAGGGAAGUUGCUGAACAGUUGGAGAAGAUCUAUGGAUCAGCCAAAAUUCUUCUAAGACAGCGGGAGAAAAAGUUGGGACUAGGAACUGCAUAUAUACAUGGAAUGAAACAUGCCACAGGAAAUUACAUAAUUAUUAUGGAUGCUGAUCUCUCACACCAUCCAAAAUUUAUUCCUGAAUUCAUUAGGAAGUAAAAGGAAGGUAAUUUUGACAUUGUCUCUGGAACUCGCUACAAAGGCAAUAGAGGUGUUUAUGGCUGGGAUUUGAAAAGAAAAUUAAUCAGGUUAUAUUGAAAAGAAGUUCUACAGAAAUUAAUAGAAAAAUGUGUUUCUAAAGGCUACGUUUUCCAGAUGGAAAUGAUUGUUCCAGCAAGACAGUUGAAUUAUACUAUUGGCGAGGUUCCAAUAACAUUUGUGGAUCGUGUUUACAGUGAAUCCAAGUUGGGAGGAAACGAAAUAGUCUCUUUCUUGAAAGGAUUAUUGACUCUCUUUGCAACUACAUAAUAGAAAGUUAUUUAUUUAUCACGUUCAUUUCAAUUUAAACAGAGGAAACUGGUUGCUGAUUUUUUUUAAUGUACUUAGAGCAUAAAUCAUAGGUAAGAUAAAUUUCAUGCAAAUCUUUUUUUCCGAAGAAG